UCUCGAGUCGUCCCUUAAGCCGGCGUGUGAAGCAUUUGUGCUGUAAUAAGACGCGCAGCUUCUUCUCGACGUCCUCGUCGCGACUCUCGAAUCGUAUGAGGCGGGAUUGGAUAUGAGAAAUCUACCGUUGUUUUGGGCCCGCUCCCAAACCCUAAUCCUAUGGCUGAUACCUGGCCUCCGCCGAUUCUCGUCUUCCGCCAGCGGCGGCGGCGGCGGCGGCGGCGCCGAUGUGGCUGUGAAGAAGGUGACCAGAUCCAACUUCGAGCCUGCGCUGGAGGACCUCCGUGCCCUUGUGCGGGAAGCGGACUUCGUCGCCGUCGACCUCGAGAUGACCGGCGUGACGAGCGCCCCGUGGAGGGACUCCUUCGAGUUCGACCGCUCCGACGUCCGGUAUCUCAAGCUGAAGGACUCAGCCGAGAAGUUUGCCGUGGUACAGUUCGGGGUCUGCCCCUUCCGGUGGGAGCCGUCCCGGGGCUCAUUCGUCGCGUACCCACACAACUUCUAUGUAUUUCCGCGGAAAGAGCUUCCAGUUCAUGGGCCAUCGUAUGAAUUUCUCUGCCAGACAACGUCAAUAGACUUCCUCGCUAAGUACCAAUUUGACUUCAACGCAUGCAUACGUGAAGGAAUAUCUUAUUUAUCCAGAGCACAAGAAGCAGAAGCUCUAAAAUAUUUAUCUUCAAAGUAUCUUGAUGGAUUAGCUAAUUCUUUCUGCAAUUUGGAGGAGCAUGUGGAUAUACCACUGGUGAGAACAGCUGACCUUUUUUUCUCAGAAAGGAUGAAGAUCAAAUUUCAAGAAUGGCGUGAUGCUAUAUUAAAGGGUUCUGAUAAAGGUUGUGUUAACAAAGAAAAUGCUGACGGCAAUGAAAUGCAGUUUCAAACAGUUUUCUUUAAGAUGCGUCCAGCGGUCUUCCUAAAUGGAUUUAGCUCCCACCAGCUGAACUUGAUUCAAUUGGUUGUGAGAAAGCACUUCAAAGACCUUGUAUAUGUUUGUGUUGUUGAUGAAGACAACUCAUGGCAAAGGAGAGUAGUUUAUGUCGAGACAGAAGAAGAUAAGGCAUCAUUUAUGAAAGAGGUCCAGCAAGAUGUGAUGAGAGUGGAAAAAAGAGUCGAGUCUGCAGUGGGAUUUCGGCACGUUGUAGAUCUUCUUGCAUCAGAUGGCAAAUUGAUUGUUGGUCACAAUUGUCUUUUAGAUUUAGCUCAUAUAUACAGCAAAUUUUUUGGUCCCCUACCUUCAUCAAUGAUGGAAUUCAUAUUAGCUGUUCACGAAAAGUUCCCAUACAUAAUUGACACCAAGCACCUUUUGAAUUCCAGCCAAGUAAUUCAGUUUUUGAUGAAAAGGAGUAGCAAGUCACUGUCUUCUGCUUUUUCUCUUUUGUGCCCAAAGGUUUCAUCGGUUUCCCAGAAUUCCACUUCCAGUACUUAUGUGAGAUUUGAGAUUCAAGCAGAUGAAACUGGGUCAUCUUGCUUCAACUCUGGUGCAAAGCAUGAAGCAGGUUAUGAUGCUUUCAUGACUGGAUGUGUGUUCGCUCAGGCCUGCUCUCAUUUAGGCAUCAAAUUUGAAGUCCACACACCAUUAUAUGAUCUGGCUAGAAAUGGUAAGAUCAAGAACUACAUCAAUGUUUUAUACCCCAGCUGGAAUAGUGGAACUGUGCUUCAUUUAAAUACUGGUACUGAGAGUCCAGAAUCAGGUUAUAAGCGCAAGUAUCCUGCAGUGGUAUUUGCAAAUAUUGUUCUUAUCUGGGGAUUUCCAUCCAAAUUCAAGCCAAAAGAUCUGAAGGACUGCGUCUGUAGAGUGUUUGGUCCAGAUUCCAUUACGUCAAUCUUUUUCAUAGAUAGAACUGCUGCACUUAUUCAAUUUAGUAAGGAGGAAUUUGUAAAUGAAAUUUUGGUUCUGAAGGAUACAUUAGAGAGAGUUAAUGAUCCGAUAUCAAUGCUGCAUCCUCUUUCAAAGCUAUUGGAAGGUGGAAACACUCGUGCUGCCAAUUAUGACACUUACAGGGACAUCUGUGCUGCUUCUGCAUCAAAGGUUUUGUUUGCAGAUCAGGCUGAUUCUUUGGGCAUUCACUGGAAAACUAAAUUAGGGACUGGAAGUCAAGAGACCUGGGAAGCUAGUUGUAAUGAAACAACCACAGAAGUUACUUCACUUGUAGAACAUUCAAGUGGGGUGAGUGCGGACUCCAUAAGGCAAUUUAAGCAUCAAAUUUCUUUUGUUGAUAUCUUGGAUUCUCUCCAUGUUAAAGGAAUGACGAGUACAUGAGAUUAGUCAGUUCAGAGGUUGGUGGCAAUGCCUCUCUGCAGAAAUUCUGUAUCGUUGUCAAGGGCAUAUUGAGCAUUCAAGAGAAGCUUUGCCGGAAGUCACCCUUCUGCUCAAGAAAUUGCUUUAGCCAUUCUUUAUUUUUAUGGCACUUGUAAACUACAAAUUUUUCCUAUUGGAUUUUUUUUUCCCUUCACCGAGGUAGAGCUGUAUCUUACGACUUUUUUAAGUUAAAGAUUUAUCAUCAGCUGUUUAGAUUUUUGGGCUAA